CUAUGCCUGUUUGUCUAUGAAGAAGCCUUUCUGCAGUGAUGAACAGACUUCAAUUCCCAUAAUGCAAUAAACAUCCGUGUGAACUUCCGGACAUACGUGGCUUUUUCUAGCACCGGCAGUAACACAUCAUCACACAACAUGGAGCUGGAAACUAUGACGAGAUACACCAGCCCGGUGAACCCGGCCGUUUUCCCCCACCUGACCGUGGUGCUGCUGGCCAUCGGGAUGUUCUUCACAGCCUGGUUCUUUGUAUAUGAGGUGACCUCGACCAAAUACACACGGGACGUGUACAAGGAGCUGCUUAUCUCGCUGGUGGCCUCGCUCUUCAUGGGCUUCGGGGUGCUCUUCCUCUUACUGUGGGUUGGGAUCUAUGUCUGAAGAUUAAGCACCAGUGCUGGUGUGGUCCAGAGGAGCAUUCCUGCGGCUGGGGUCUUGGUCCUGACGUCCGCGGUGGUUCUGGGCUGUGCCACGGUCGCUGGGCUCUGGGAUGGACUUUGCACUGACACCGGGGGGGUAGGGGUUGGGUUUCUGCGAUCACCAAUAAAGGAGAGAUUUCAUACAAAA